GCUCCAGCCAGGUGGAGUGCAGGCGAGGCUGGGCCUGGCUGGGGCGUGGACACUGCGCUCCUCAGCCGCUGAGCCUCCAGAUUGAGCCCCGUCGGAUCCCCCCCAAGAGUCCGGCCCAGAUGUAAAAGACUGAGGCGGGGGUGAAUGUGCAGAGUUCAGCCCUGAUUGCCUCCACCCAAGAGCUCCAUGCAGGUGCCACAGGAUAAAGACGACCUUGCCUGCCAGCCCUGGUACCACGGUCAGCUGUCUCGACAGGGAGCUGAAGCCCUUCUACGACAAGACGGCGACUUCCUUGUUCGUGCCUCAGAGUCCCAAGACGGCUACCCGGUAAUCUCCUGCCGUUGGCGAGGCAAGACCCUCCAUUUUGAGGUGUUCCGAGUGACACUGCGGCCCAGGCCUGGUCGCCCACCGGCCCUCUAUCAGCUAGAAGAUGAAAGGUUUGCCAGCAUGUCGGCCCUGGUCCACAGUUACAUGACCCGCAGACAGCCACUGUCUCAGGCCACAGGAGCUGUGGCCUCCAGGCCCGUGAGUCGUCAGAGGCCACUGACACGCAGCUUCAGUGAGAAUGUGCUCACAGACAGCCUGGCCGCCACCAGGCCUCUCAGGCCUAGAAAGUGGAGUUUCAGCCAGCCUGCAAAUUUGGACCAUUCUGGAAGAGGCGAAGAAGAUGGUGCCAAAGCAGGAGCGCCCCCUGCUUUUAGAUCUGCCCUACAUCGGACAGGCAGCGAGCCCACACUGCUGAAGGCCCUGCCUCACCUGGGAACUAUGGCGGAUAGUCUCAGAGCCUCUGACGGACGGCUUCACAUGAAGGCUCCCUCCAAGCCGCUCCGGACACCCUGCCUGGCCUCUGGACACCCCUCAGCAUACUGCGAACUCCUCCCCCGAGUGCCCAGUGCUCAGAGAGCGACCCCCAGUGCAAGCUGUCCGGAGCCAGAGGCCUGGUGGGAAGUCGAGGAGGAAGAGGGAGAAGCGGACAGAUGCUUUGUAAGACCACACUCUGAGGUCUCAUUCUGCAUCCCUGGCCACCCCUCCCGCCUGCUGGGCCCCCAGAAUCGGCCCUUGGACCCUACAGUCCUGAGUACUCUCCGAAACUUGUUGGUGGCACACCAUCCCGGGAGCACCGCUCUACACCUGCUGCUGGUGGAUUGCCAGGCUGUAGGCCUGCUGGGGGUGAGCAAGAGUCAGAGGCGUGCCAUGGGCGUUGCCUCUGGUCUAGAGCUACUCACACUUCCUCAUGGUCAUCGCCUGAGGUUGGAGGUGUUAGAGAGGAUUGAGACCCUGGCGCUGGCCGGGGCCCUGGCUGUGCUGGGUUGCCCGGGGCAUCUGGAGGAGCGCACGGCUGCUCUGAAGGGGCUGGUGGAGCUGGCGUUGGCGCUGAGGCCAGGAGCGACAGGGGACCUGCUGGGGCUGGCUGGGGUCAUGGGCGCCCUGCUCAUGCCCCAGGUAUCCAGGUUAGAGAGCACUUGGCGUCAUCUACGAAGGAACCACACGGAGGCUGCGCUGCUGUUUGAACAAGAGCUAAAGCCUCUGAUGCGGGCUCUGGAUGAAAGUACAGGGCCCUGCAACCCAGGUGAGGUGGCCCUGCCACACGUGGCACCGGUGGUGCGUCUGAUGGAGGGCGAGGAGACCUCUGGGCCGCUGGACGAGUCCUGCGACCGACUGCUGCGCACCCUGCUCGGGGCGCGACAGGUGGCCCGUGAUGCACCCCGGUUCCGCAGGGCGGCAGCCCAGCGCCUGCAAGGAUUCAGGCCCAACCCAGAACUACGGGAGGCACUGACCACCAGCUUCCUGCGCCGCCUACUCUGGGGAAGCAAGGGGGCCCAGGACACUACAGCCCACCGCCUAGAGAAGUUCCAACGUGUCCUCAGCAUCCUGUCCCAACAACUAGAGCCUCAGGGCUGACGGCCAGGCCCCCAUUUUAGACUUGAGAGACCCCAAGGAUGUGGCUCCCAGCUAUUCAAGAGGAUAUGAAAUGAACUUGGUGAAGUGGUCUACACCCGUAAACUCCAGCAGUUGGGAAAUGGAGAUGGGAGGAUCAGGAGUUCAAGGCCAGCCUCAGCUACUUCAUAGAGUUUGAAGCUUGGGCUCUAUGAAAAUUAUGAGAAAAACGUUUUAAAAAUAUGACCCCUCCUGGGAUCAAAGUUUACAAGGAUGUCUCUUAAACUGGACCCCAAGAGACUGGGGUAUGAUAGCUGCCUCUAGUUUAUCAAAAUACCUACUCAAGUACCCAGAGACCAACUGUCACACUCCCAUAUAUACCCCUUAUUCAUCCACACAUACUUUGUGGGAUACCCAGAGAGCAACCACUUGGUGAACACGUGACUUUUCUAAAUAAAAACACCUUAGAGAUUUGGUAUCAAAGUUCAAA